AUGAGCGAAAGCCAAGUGGUUCGUUUUAAUGCACGACGGCAAGGCUUGCAAAGAGUCCGUACUGGUUGUGCGACGUGCAAGGUCAAGUGCGACGAAACACACCCUGUCUGUAAACGAUGUCAAUCCACCGGCCGAAAAUGCGAUGGAUACUAUCUCGUGUCUCGAAGCGAACUUUCCCAAAUCAUCCCCUCGAGAAUACCCGAUGCGGACGAUAUUUCUCUUCGCAGUUUGGAAUUCUUUCAGCAUGUGGUGGCCCCGGUGCUCUCUGGGCCAUUGGGCCGAUCAUUCUGGACCCAUCUCGUUGCUCAACUCGCUCAUCAGGAACCUGCCGCAAGGCAUGCUGUGAUCACCAUCAGCGCUUUGUACGAACAAUUCGAUAAAGGGGUGCAGCAGAUUCGGUCGCCGUACGAUGAUGGAUACGCAAUGCGGCAUUAUAACAGCGCUAUCAGGGACAUAAUAUCUCUCAAAGCACACUAUCCCGAACAGGUCGACACGGCCAUCAUAGUCUCCAUUCUCUUUUCUUGUAUCGAGUGCAUGCGAGGGAAUAAGGAGGCCGCAGUCAAUCACUCUAGGCAUGGGAUUCUACUCAUGAACUCCUCCCGCCCCAACGCAGAGCUAGCUUCUAUCUUCCGACAUCUGAGUUUCGUGACCCUGUUCUCCAACGAGUGUCUAGCAGAACUUCCCUUCCUAACAAACGGCGGCUACCCAUCCGCACCAACCCCAUUCCAGACCUUUGCACAAGCACAAGAAAUGAUAGACUGGCUAGGAUACCACGCGGUAAAACUGGCUCGACUAAGAGACCGACAAAACUCGCCCUCAACGGCGUCGAAAUAUACCCAAUUUUUCUCAAAGGAGAUCCGCCGACUAAAUAUUUACAUGGAGACAUGGUUUGUCUCAUUUACCCCGUUGAAAGAGCAAUCCGACACCGAUCCACGACACAAGUCUAUCGCCCAAAUACUGGAGAUGCGAUGGCUGGCAGCGAAGAUAUGGACGAAUUCUUUCAUGGAAAAUGAUGAGACCGCAUAUGAUGCCUACAUUGAUGAAUUCGAGCGAAUCGUCGAGAUUGCUGAACAGUCACCGCCGACUGAGGAUCCCUUCUGGUCAAGGUCUCCCAAAUUCAUGUUUGAGAUGGGCUUUGCGCCGCAGCUUUACUUCACCGUUAUGAAGUGUCGGUAUCUUCCACUUCGGCUUAAGGCCCUUUCCUUGAUGAAGGAGAAAUGCUGCAAGAAAGAGAUUUUGUGGGACUCAACGGCGAUAUAUAUGAGAGGUAAACGGGUGAUUGAAAAUGAGCAUGCGAUGCAGCUUCCUGAUGAUUUCAGUCUCCAGGUGGUGCGUAAGAGUAUUGAAAGUCCUCCUGCUGCUCCGACUGAUAGUCAUCGAGUUUGCGAUUUCACCAUCGAGGAGAUCGAGGAUGAAAACUCCGCCGGAGUUCAUGGGUCCGAGUUAGAGAUUGGUGGUAACCGGAUUUACUUUCAUUUUCCAACCUCACUAACUGAGGAUAUUUCCAGUGGCUGA